GAAGUAGUCAGUUGCGGUCGCCAUUUUGUCGGGUAGUCAUCGGGUACGUCGUGUUUCUUUCGGGUUGCUGUACUUUUUGAAACAAGCAUCGCCGAAAAAUUUGGGGUCCAGCACUUUCGUUUGCUCCCCCAAAUGGCUUGUUUGAACACCCUUAAGCAGGAGAUUAAAACUCUUGAGUCCGUCUUCCCUAAGAGCCAUGAGAGAUUUCAGAUAAUGUCUGCGAGUGUGGACGAACUCAGCUGCAGAUUCGUCGGUAAAAAUGGGAAGAAAUACGAAAUACACGCCAAUAUUACAGAAACCUAUCCUUCUACACCACCAGUAUGGUUUGCAGAAUCAGAAGAAACAAGUGUUACAAAUGCGGUACAAAUUUUAAGUACUACUACAGGCCGUGACAACCAUGUUAUUAACCAAGUUGGGAUUCUCUUGAAAGAAUUAUGUAGACUUCAUUCAUUACCUGAACCACCUGAUGUUGAACGGUUAAGGACAGCUUUGGAUCCAUUACGUUUAGGAGGAUCAAAUGAAGCUACAGCACAAAGAAUGGAAGCUGAAGAUGCUGAAGAUAUUGAAGAUGAUGAAGAAAGUGAUGCAGAAGAAGAUCUUCAUUUAGAUAUGGAUGAAGGAGAUGCCAAUGCAAAGAGUAAGGGUGAAGAAAUAGAAUUGGAACAUCUUGCAACAUUAGAAAGGUUGAGACAAAAUCAAAGACAAGAUUACUUAAAAGGAUCUGUUUGUGGCAGUGUGCAAGCCACAGAUAGACUUAUGAAAGAAUUGCGUGAUAUUUAUCGAAGUGACAGUUUCAAAAAAGGAAUGUACAGCAUAGAAUUAGUAAAUGACAGUUUGUAUGAAUGGAAUGUCAGGCUGAUGUGUGUUGAUCCUGAUUCACCUUUACACAGCGAUCUCAUACUUCUAAAAGAAAAGGAAGGCAAAGACAGUAUUCUUCUUAACAUGCUUUUUAAGGAAACUUAUCCAUUCGAACCUCCCUUUGUUAGAGUUGUGCAUCCCAUGAUCUCUGGUGGUUACGUUCUUAUAGGAGGCGCUAUUUGCAUGGAACUUCUAACAAAACAAGGUUGGAGUUCAGCCUACACAGUAGAAGCAGUCAUCAUGCAAAUUUCCGCAACCUUAGUGAAGGGAAAAGCACGCAUACAAUUUCAAGGACCGGGUAGUGCUAGCAAAGUAUGUGGGCAAGGUCAAUAUAGUCUAGCACGUGCACAACAGUCAUUCAAGUCUCUUGUACAAAUACACGAAAAAAAUGGUUGGUUUACCCCUCCAAAAGAGGAUGGCUAAUGAACAUGAAUCACGGAGAAAGAAAAGUUUGUCGCGUGCUUACAGCUGAGACUUUAAUUCGGUGUGUGCCCAACAAAUAAUUGUUACGAUAAUGAUUUGAUACACAAAACACAACAUUAACUAGGUAACUUAAGAUACUGAAUUAAUCUAACGCGUAAUUCCUUUGAUGGCUGAAAAGGCUGCCGCGCAAACAGUGAAGUGUUUGAUUCUGUAUGCAUAGAUUUUUCAGUAAUUAGUGAUUAGAUCGCCAAUCGCAUUUGUGAGAUAUAAUCAUUUUUAUCUGGAAUUGAUUCUUACGUUCGGAAUUACUAAGAAUCUUAAUUAUUCCAAAUAAUAUUAAUCUUAGUUCUUUUUUGUGAGUACACAUGUUGUACGUACGUACGAAACAGUGUAAACAUUCUGUGAAAUGCGUUUGCGCAAUCCGUGCUUCCUUCCUUUCAAUAGAAGGAACAGGAUGGUUAGCAACUUAGAUAGUUAUAUUGACAAUUUUUCUAAGUGUUUUUUUUUUUUAUCAUUGUGAGCUUUCCUUUGUUCCAUUCUAUCUAAUUGUAUUUUAAUUCUUUUAUUCAUUGUGCAAUUCAUAAGUAAGUUGUUUGGAUAUAUUUGUUAAAAGUAAACAGUAAACGAAUCUAAUGUAAGAAUAGCGAUGUUUCUGGGGGUAAAGCGAGUUUUGCUGUUACCUUUUGUAUUUAUUCGAUACUUCAUUUAUUAAUAAAUAUGAUUCAAUGUGAACGAGCACACAACUAAAUCAUCACAUUUUGAAAUAUAAUCUAAAAUAAAACAUAAUUUGGAAAAUAUUAAUGUCACAUAUAUUACUUUAAAAGAUAUACUAUUAGUUAUAAUUUUUUCUUUAAAAUUUCAUGUAUUACAAAAAUUAAUAAAAUAACAAUUCAUUAAUGAUUUAAUUUUUCAGAAUUAUCAGAUCAUAAAUUUUUUUUGUAUUAAAAAAAAUAUAUAAUAUAUUUUUUUUUUAUUAGAUAUUAAAACAAUAGAUGUACAUAUUUCAAUGCUUUUCGUUGCUCUAUAUAUUUCUUAAUUAUUCAUAUUUAAUUUUUAAUUAGAUAUUAUUAAUUUCAUUCGAAAAGAUUUUUACAAUUUAUUUUAAUUUUCAAUCAUUCUUAUAAAUAAAGAAACAUAGCAAUACUAGUUAAUAUGUAUUUCCUUAAUAUAACUAACUAAAAUAAGAAUUGUAUAGAUGUAUAUACACAUUUCAUAUAUCGAUUCUUUUUUUGAAAAUAAUGCUCUUUGAACAUUUUUCUUUUUUUUUCUUAAAUUGGAGAAUACAAAUGCACAAAAUAAUAAAGAAUUAAGAUUUGGUUGUGUGUCUCGUUUAAUGUCUCACUUUUGUUAUAUCAUUUACAAAGCGGUUGAUGUGCUUGAGAUUGAUAUGAAAGUUUGGUCUGUAUGUUGGGCGUACGCUCAAGCGAACUUUUAGUGGUAUUCUAUAUACAUAUAUAUAUAUAUAUAUACAUAAAUAUAUAUCGUGACAUUUAUUUGCAAUCGAAGCUCUAUUUGCAUGACGUAUUGAACGUAAAAUUGCGCGAACGUGAAAUCGUUAAAAUUUCUUUGUGCCACAGUAGAGUUUACACUGGCCAGUUAAAGGAAAUGACGUAACAAGCGAACACGCGUACAUUAAAGGCACCAUUAGGAUCGCGAAAACGAAUUACCGCUUUUUAAAAAAAAAAAAAAUUAUAUACACAUGUAUUAUUGUGCACAUGUAUUUGAAAUUUAUGAGACUAUGCUAUCCUCGUGCGUCUUUCUUCGUGAAAACGUUUUCUUCUAACUGAACAAGUAUCGUUCCCUUGUCUAUAAAAGAAACAGACAAUUAUGGACUUCCGGUUCUUUUUCACAAUGACUUCAUCCCUAGUUACGAUAGUAGUCAUAAAUUAUCGUCGCUGUAUGGCAAAAUCGAUGGCCAAAUUAUUGCGUAUAUGUUUAUUAACAAGCGAAUUUCUACAUUUUUAAAACGAUUGCUUUCAUAUCCUCGAGAUAUCUUAAUUCCACUCCCAGAACGUCUAUGCAACAUGUUUCGUACAUACAUACAUACAUACAUACAUACACACAUACACACACACACGCACACACGUACCUACCUAUUUACCUACUUACCUAUCUAUCUACCUAUCUACCCUGCCUACCCUGCCUGCCUGCCUGCCUGCCUGCUUAUCUGCCUGCCCCACCUGCCCACCCACCUGCCUGCCUGCCUGCCUGCCUAUCUGCCUGUCUGCCCAUCUAUGUGCCCACCUGCCUGCCUGCCUGCCACCUACCUACCUACCUACGUACUUACCUACCUAUCUACCUACCUAUCUACCUAUCUAUCUAUCUACGUACCUACUUACCUACCUACCUACCUACCUACUUACCUAUCUACUUAUCUACCUACCUACCUACCUACCUACCCAUCUACCCACCCACCUGUACUUAUUUACCUAUCUACCUAUCUAUACGCGCGCGCGAACAUACACACACAAAAUUACAUUCAAACGAAAAUACGUGCACAUAAAACACAUUUCAUAUUAUAUAAAUACACACUGAUAUGUUUGCAUAUUAUGCAUUCAUAACACAUGCUCCCCGAUUCGUGUAUAUAAAUAUACAUAUUCCGUUCCUUGUGUUUCAUCUUCGUACGUUGUAUAUAUGCAAAUUUUUAUCAAUCAGUCGGUAAAACACGUUUGAACGGCGAAACAUUCGUUCGACCACUGCGCUGUUGUGUCUCGGAAAAGUUAGAAAAAUUGGAAAAUUCGAAGAAUUUGAAUCAUAUAUGAAUUUCAAUGAAGAAUAUUCUUUAGCUUAUCGUAUAUUUAAUAUUAUAAGUAAUUUCUUGACUUGACACACCGAAUGGGAAAUAUCUCAGUAUAUCUCUGUGAGAUUGUUCAGGAAACAACAGUACGAAGAUGAAGCGGUACAUAUGUUAUUGGCAAUAACGCAUGUACGAUGCAUCCGUAAAUAUAAUUAUUAUUGGAAUAAUCGAGCGGAGUAGCAUGGGUCAAUAGUUUCUUUUUUCGUGGUGUAAUUAAAGGAAAAAGAAAAAAAAGAAAAAUUGUUUGUGAAAUUCGUGCGAGCAGUUUCGUAAUAAAAUCUAGAUUCUUAAGUAUAGGUGUACAAUCAAUGAACUCAUUGUCAGUGGAUAUCAAUGAUUUGUACAGCCGCGCCUGACUGACAUUGAGUGAUGGUUGUUUUGACGACGUUAACCGUUAUGUUCUUUGUCGAAAAAAACAUAAAAAAAGAAAAAUAAUUUCAUUUCUCUCGCGUUUGUUAAGUUUUCUUUCCUUUUAAGAAUUUGCGAAGCGUAUAUUGUAAGCAGCCACGUGGCCUGUAUAUUUUUGCUACAAAUAUCGUUAGUAGUACCGUUUUUAAAAAUUAAACGUUCUUACGUUUUUUUCUUAUUAUUAUUAUAACAACGAUUAUCUCGAUUAUUAUUAUCUCUUCUUUUUAAUUCAUUCGACGUUCUAAAAAAUUUAAAAAGGAGAAAAAAAAGUGCUAAUGAAAUAUUGACGUAAUAAGAUCAAUCGAAAGCGGAUUAUAUUUAAUGGUUUAUAUCAAAUCGAUGCUAAUUUUUCAUAGCUGUUAAAUAAAACGAAGAUCUUCAUAGAUGCAAAAGUAAUGGGAAUUUUUGUAAAAAAAAAGCACUGGCAUAGAACAAGUAUUUUUUAUCCAAUUAAUAUUAAUAUUAAAUAAAGUAUAUGCGUAUUCAAUAAAACUUCUACGAAUUUUCAAAUCAAAGUUUUAAUUUCUUUAUUUUAUGUUUUGUAAAAAUAUUCGAUCGAAAUGAUAAUUUACAAAAUUAUAAAAUAUGGAUAAUAAUUAAUAUAAUGAGAUAAUGAGAAUUUUAUAAGAGAUAAAAAAAAAUAUAUAUAUUUUUUUUGAGUUUCGAUUUUUCUUAUUUGACAAAAUUCUCCUCACUCUUGCAUCGAUAUUAUAAUAUGAUUUUCAAAAAGGAAAUAUAUUGUUUUUCUUUGAUUGAAGAUGAAUGUCCUUUUGGUAAAUACUUAUGUAAAAGAAAAAAAGAAAAAAACGAGUUUCUAAAAGUUUAAACGAAAAACGGUGUAAAAAAAAAGUUUAAUGUUUAUCGAAUCAAUUAAAAUAAGAAAUUUUCUUUUUAGGUAACGAGUGUAAUUUUUGUAUUUGCAAUAUGCUUAAUGGAUUUUUAACUUUUCAUAAUGAUUUUACAAUGAACUCUCGAUUCGAAGACUGCUUAAAAUUCUUUUUGCGUUCCUUCUUCCAUUCUUAAGAAUUAUUGUUGUUAAUAUAUUUUAUUUUAUAUUAUUCAAUUGAUAUUAACGAGUAACGCAACACAAAAUGAUCGGCCUGUAUCGUAUUAAAUAUAUUUUUUUCACUUAAUUUAAAAUAUAAAGCGGUAUUCCUGAUUAAAAAAUGACAGGAUUUACGAACGUAAAUAUAUUUAAUUUUCAAAUGUAUUUGUGGCAAAAAUAGUAGAAUUUGUUAUUAGAUUUUUUUAAGUUCUCCUUUGCUUUCGAACAAUUCCAAUGCCGUUCUGAACGUGGUAUCCUUCACUCUUCUUUAUAUUUUUUUUCUUUUCUUCAUUUAUGGAAUAUUUUCCAGUGAAAAAAACAGAUGAUCUUACAAACAGAAUAUUGCACGAGAUUGUACAAUAUAUGCAAUCUCUUUAUAUGAUGUAUAAUCAAAUAAGAGGAUUAAACAGUUAUUGUUGUUAUAAAUUAUGCAUUUAAAUCACACGAAGGAAUCGUUCAUAUCAUGCGACUAAUCGCCACGGUUUAUAAUGAUUAUUAUAAUUUUGUUGUAACUGUUGUUUUUGAUUAUUAUUUAAUCACCGGUUACGAGUAUAUAAAUCUUCUGUACUGUUUAUUACAUAUAUAUAUAUAUAUAUAACGUCACUUAAUUCACGAGCAUUGUACUUUUUGACAAAGGCUUUAACGAGAAAGAGCGUUGUUCGUAUCGAAAACGGCAUCGAGAAUGAUAUUUUCUUUUUUUCUUUUUAUUUUUAUUAAUUUUCCUUAAAAUUCCAAUGCCUUUAAUAAAUAUUGAUCGAUGAUUUUUCAUGUGAACGACGUUCUUUGGAUAUAAAAACUUAUAAAUACGACUUUACCCCUGUCCACUGUAUCUGCCUCUGUACCUUUAUCCAAUUAAUGAACCAAACACCAGUCGAAUCGGUUGAUCGAUUGGUUUGCUUCAUUCGAUCGUUAAUCUAUAAAAUCUAUAAUCUUAAGAUGAUUUCACGUGUCUUAAAAGGAACGAGAAACAAAGUACACCGCCACAUAUGUACUAUUUUGCCGAUUUAAGUGAACGAUAUUUCGAUA